AUGGGUCUACCGGUAAUUGUGUCAAAAUCGGUAUUUGACAUACGUCCAUUUGGCAAGAAGAGUGUUACAGUCGGCCUAUUAAUCAGCAAACAAAUUUCGAUUAUUGUGUUAUUAGAGUGCAAGUUAACGAAAAAAAUUAUUACAUUAAAUUUAGAGCAAUGGUGUACGCUUAUGUCUGAAUCUAAUUACACUUCAAUUACUAACAACUUACAUACCAGGUGUAGACGUGUAAGAAUCACCGAGAAUUUCACAUAUUCAAUUAAUGUGAAGCAGAGUUCAAUAACCUUACAUAUAAAUGAUGAUUAUAUUACACUCUCACAUAUAGAUUUCUGUAGACUUAAACAACUUCAGCAUUGUGUGGACCUUUAUAUCGCAGAAAAACAGAAACGUCUACAGAGUUUUCAAGCAACAUUUGAUGCAGCUUAUGAGCUGAUUAAAAACGAUGUCCGAGGUUUGCCCAUCAGUUGUCAGAGGAACGAAUUCACAAACCAGUAUAUACAAAACUAUGAUUUUAAUUAUUAUUCUCAUCUACAAAACGACGACACUUCAUUUUUGUACGAAAUAUUACAAUUUCAUUUUAACGCAAUGUCUGACAUGAUUUUACAGGACUUAAUAGUGUAA